UCUCCUCCUCUGAAGCACGGGUGUAACGACUGCAAGGUCACCCAUUGCUGCUGCUAGUGAAAACCUGAACCCUGCACCCAGCUCAGAUACAAUGGGGACAUCUCAGCUCUCUUCUCUUCCUCUGAUUCUUUUUAUGCUAUUUAUUCCUGGAUGGAGGACAAUUGCCUGCAGCUCAAUCUAGGAAACAAAUUGUACUUAUGGAUCUCAAACAUAAACUUGUUGCCUUUCUGAAUCAUUCUCUGUAUGGAGCAACAUUGCAUCCAUUCUCGAUUUGGAAGAUGGUCCUGCCUGGAAUUCUGCAGAAGCAUUGCUGUAUUUUACCAGACAGGAAUACAGAGUCACAGUGUACUCUCUGUGGUGAGCCUGAAGAGGAAGAGGGUGUGGAUCUGCCCCACGCUGGGAUCAGUUUCCCAGGGCCGGCCGAGGAGGAACUAGAUCAGCAGUACUCAUGGUCACCGUCUCCGCACUUCAAUGAAGAGAGGUACUCCCCUGCUUCGAGGAACAUGAAAGGAUUAGCCGGCAGUCGCAAUCAACCCCAGUUAUGUUCCGGCCACACCUGCGGUUUAACGCCCCCUGACGACUGCGAACAUAUCCACGACCACCUUCAUCAUGGGCCGGAAGCUCGCCAAUCCUAUCUGCUCAGCCCUACGGAGAGCUGCCCCCUGGAACACCAUCGCUGUUCUCCCCGUAGCUCCAUCCACUCGGAAUGUAUGAUGAUGCCCGUGAUGAUGGGCGAUCACCUGUCCAGUAGCACUUUUCCCAGAAUGCACUACAGCUCACAUUUCGACACCAGGGACGACUGUGCCGUGUCCCACGCGAGCGCUAAAGUCAAUCGCAUCCCGGCCAACCUCUUGGAUCAGUUUGAGAAGCAGCUUCCCCUGCACAGGGACGGGUUUCACACUUUACAAUAUCAGAGGACUUCGACGGCCGCAGAACAGCGGAACGAGAGCCCGGGGAGGAUACGCCACCUCGUCCAUUCGGUCCAGAAACUCUUCACCAAGUCUCAUUCUUUAGAAGGCUCGUCCAAGAGCAACGUCAACGGGACCAAGGGCGACAGCCGGGGGGAGGAUCACCAUCACGGCCACCACUCCAAACACAGCAAAAGGAGUAAAAGCAAGGAACGGAAGCCGGAGAGUAAACAUAAAUCCGGAAUGAGCAGUUGGUGGAGCUCCGAUGAUAACUUGGACAGCGAUAGCACUUAUCGAACGCCCAGCGUGGUGAACAGGCAUCACGUCGAUCAUAUUUCCCACUGCUACCCCGAGACCCUCCAGAGCCACUUUGGCGACCUCUCGCUGAAGACGUCCAAAAGUAAUAACGACGUCAAGUGUUCGGCUUGCGAAGGCUUAGCGAUGACCCCCGAUGGGAAGUAUAUGAAAAGGAGUUCCUGGUCUACCCUGACCGUGAGCCAGGCUAAGGAAGCCUAUCGCAAAUCUUCACUGAACUUGGAUAAGCCUCUAGUCCAUCAGGAAAUGAAACCUUCCUUGAGGUCGUGUCAUUACCUUCAGGUACCUCAAGAUGAAUGGGGAGGGUACCCCAUUGGAGGUAAAGACGAACAGAUACCCUGCAGGAGGAUGAGGAGUGGGAGUUAUAUUAAAGCCAUGGGAGAUGAGGAGAGCGGAGAGUCUGACUCUAGCCCCAAAACAUCACCAAAAGUAGCAGUCCGACCAGAGUCAUUGUUAAAGUCCAUUGGACAGAGACCGCUUGGAGACCACCAAACCCAAAGCUACCUACAAGCUGCAAGUGACAUGCCUGGUGGUCACGGACUGGAAACCUCAGCAAACUACAACUCCCCUAAAUUCCGAUCAAGAAAUCAGAGCUAUAUGAGGGCAGUGAGUAUGCUCAGUCAGGCCAGCUGUGUCAGUCAGAUGAGUGAAGCAGAGAUAAAUGGGCAGUUCGAAUCAGUGUGUGAAUCCGUCUUUAGUGAAGUUGAAUCUCAGGCAAUGGAUGCCCUUGACCUCCCAGGAUGCUUCCGGACAAGAAGUCACAGUUACCUGCGAGCCAUUCAAGCUGGUUAUUCCCAAGAUGAUGAAUGUAUCCCUGCAAUGACAUCUUCCAAUAUCACCUCUACUAUCAGGUCAACCACGGCCGUUUCCUAUACAAGUUACAAAAAAACCCCACCACCGGUCCCCCCCAGGACCACCUCGAAGCCCCUAAUUUCCGUCACAGCACAGAGCAGCACAGAAUCCACCCAAGACGCCUAUCACGAUAGCCGGACUCAGAGGAUCUCCCCGUGGCCCCAAGACGGCCGCGGCCUCUACAACUCCACCGAAAGUCUGGACAGCAACAAGGCCAUGAACCUCGCCCUGGAGACGGCGGCGGCCCAGCGCCAGGCCUCCGAGAGCCAGGCCGGCUCCGUGAGGACCAGCGACAAGGCCAUCCUGGUGUCCAAAGCGGAGGAGUUCCUGAAGAGCCGAAGAUCGUCCAUCGGGAUUCAGGUGGAAACAGCGACUGAUUCUGAUACUGAAAGCAGAGGCCUACGGGAAUACCAUUCAGUUGGUGUGCAAGUGGAAGAUGAAAAACGGCAUGGACGAUUUAAGCGUUCCAAUAGUGUGACUGCAGCCGUUCAGGCUGAUCUGGAACUGGAAGGUUUUCCGGGACACAUAACGAUGGAAGACAAAGGUCUUCAGUUCGGUUCAUCAUUCCAGCGCCAUUCGGAACCCAGCACGCCCACCCAGUAUGGGGCAGUGAGAACUGUACGGACACAGGGACUUUUCAGUUACAGAGAAGAUUAUCGGGCCCCGGUGGACACGUCCAAUCUCCCCCCGCCUGAUCCUUGGUUGGAGCCAGCCAUCGAGACAGUGGAAACCGGAAGGAUGUCUCCAUGUCGACGCGAUGGGACCUGGUUUAUGAAAUUGCUGCACACGGAGACAAAGAGGAUGGAGGGAUGGUGUAAAGAGAUGGAAAGAGAAGCAGAAGAAAAUGAUCUCUCUGAAGAAAUUCUAGGUAAAAUCAGGAGUGCAGUUGGAAGUGCUCAGCUUCUUAUGUCUCAGAAAUUCCAGCAGUUUUAUUGGCUUUGUCAGCAAAAUCUGGAUCCCAGCGCUAUGCCAAGGCCUACAUCCCAAGACCUAGCGGGAUUCUGGGACUUAUUGCAGCUUUCGAUUGAAGAUGUCAGCAUGAAGUUUGAUGAACUACACCAACUGAAGCUCAAUGAAUGGAAGAUAAUGGAAUCACCGGAAAGAAAGGAAGAACGAAAGGUCCCCCCUCCAGUACCAAAGAAGCCCCCCAAAGGGAAAUUUCCUAUCACGAGAGAAAAGUCUCUAGACCUCCCCGACAGGCAACGUCAAGAAGCUAGAAGACGUCUCAUGGCCGCUAAGAGGGCCGCUUCCUUCCGUCAGAGUCCGGCGACGGAGAGAGCAGACAGCAUCGAGAUCUACAUUCCAGAGGCCCAAACCAGGCUUUAAAGACAGAACGUGGCAAAAUUUCCUUUUUCUAAACAAAAUGCUUGGACGGUUUGUCACUUACCCGGUAAUUUUUGUCUCAUUUCCCUCCCCUGAAUAUGCCCUCGCUGUUGUGUUCUUCGUGCCAUAAGCACAGUGGAAUGCUUUUGAUUUCCUCAGAGUCGCUGAGCUCAUUGCAAGAAUGACUUCUUUUGUAUUUAUCGUCCGACUUACAAUCAGCUACGAUGGAUAGGGCUCGUCGAGGCCUGUCUUCUCCAAGAUGUUCUCAGAGGACCCCGAGAACCACCUCUGGUGAUGGAACCCAGCUUAAAUGUUUUCUUAUUUAUAUUUUUUAUAAAUUGUGUGAUAAUUAGGAAUAAGAAUAACAAACUAUAAAUGGGUGCAUCUCACCAUCCAAUAGAGGCAUUAGCUGACCCAACUAGAAGGUGCUGCGGUGGAAAGGGCAAGAAAGAAAAAGCCCAUCUAUCUCUCUGAUGAACCAUUGUCCUCUUGAAUCCGGCUCUGCCAGACGGAUGGAUCGUCCCCGUCGCUACUAGAUGGCAUUUAGAUAGCUCGUGUCAGGUUUAUGGCGAUGAGGUUCGCGUAGUGGUCACCAGUCACUAAAAACCCCCAAAAUAGUGCUCUCUCCAAAGUCCAGAAGCAUAUGAAUCUGAGUUUUGAAAGACUACCCAGGUAGAAUUUGUUUUUCCCCCUGGUAUCGGAAUUGCCAUCUUCAAAAAUCUAAGUUUAAGUUGAAUGCAUGAGGACUUGAGCAAGGGGUUGACAAAGAGGUAGGGGCUUUAAAAGAACUAGCUCUCCUGGUAGCAAAGAGUGGCAAAUGAAAAGUUAUACUUACUCCUAUGAAACAAUCAUUGCAUUUUUAUCACCCCUUCAUGAUUAAAGAAAUUCACAUAUAUGUCAUAUUUAAUUUCACAUGUUCUGCUACCUGUUGUAUCAGUUGAGUUUCCAGGGUAUCCUUGAAAAAAAAAAAGUUUGCUUGUUUAAAAUGCCAGUUGUGAUGUUGUAACCUGUUUAAGAAAUAUGAAUGUGAGUGGUAAGUAUAUCUCAGUUUAAAUGGUAAAGGUGAAAUGUGGUUUACAUUUGUAAUUUUUCAGAGCUCUUUUUCCUAUGCAGUAUUAGCUAAGGCAAGAAUAAAAUUCCUGCCUGUUUCAGACAAAAAGAAAACGAUUCAAGAGUUCAGUGACUUCCAGCCCACGGAAUUUUAAGGACAAUAACAUCGCCAUUCCUCUCUGCUAAAGCAGUAUUGCAAUGUUCACCAAUCCGAUUUAAAGCCGAAAAAAAGAGGAACGUCUCCAACCGAGUUUAAAUCUGUAUUUUGGAUUAAUUGAAAAAUACUCCUUCUCCAACUUCCCAUGGGGAACCAACAGGUCAGCUCAAAGAUGUCUUCAGAUGAAGACGUAAAAAACAGUAACCAGUUGAUCCCCGUGUUAGCGAUCUGACCGUGACAUGAAAGUAGAAUUGAAAUAAGGGAAGGAGGGUCUCAGCUGCCAUGUUUUCUGUUUAGUGAAUAUCAAGUACUCAGCCGUAGAUGGACUAGAUAUUCACUCGAUCUCUAGCACUUUGGUUUUUCACCUUGACUAGCACUUUAAAUAUGUACUCAGCUCACUCUGCAAUCUGCCACAUCAACAAGAACAUUGAAUAGCAUAGGUUACACGGUUCGGCAUUAAAUAAAAGCUACGUUGUCCUCCCACUUUAUUUCCUUUUUUAUUUUGGUUCCAAAAAUGUUCCACGGAGCAUGAGGUCCAUUUGGAACAGUUGGUAUAUAAGCAUGUUUAGCUUUGAGAUAUGACUUUUUUUAAGCUGAGUAGAUAGGAAUUUUCUGUAAGGACAAAACCCUGUAAAUUGAGCCUCAUAUCUGGUAUAUAUUUUACCAAACCGCCUUAAACUAUUUGGAAGCAAAAACAAAACGAAUGUAUAAUCUUGAAAAAUGCAAAAAAAAAAAUCCCUAACAUAUUCUUCUACAUAGAAAUCUUAUAUCACCAGAGUAUUCGAAGCAUUUUCUAUAGAAAGAAAGAGCUGAAUCCCUGGGUAGUGAAUAAUACUGAUGCUGCUUUCGGUACUUACUGUACUAUGUUAAAUACAAAUGUAUUCGCGAGUAUUGGCAUUUUAGUCUUUAAAAUGAUAUUUUAUUUAAGGUUGAGCUGCUAAUUAGAAAUACCCACAGUAAGACAAAGCCAAUGUAUUUCCCAGAUAGGAAAUUUAACGCGUGCAUCACAUACGCACACAAACACACAGUGGCAGCUGAUAUGUUUUAUCUCAUUUCCUUAACCAAAUUCAAAUCUUGUAAUGACAUAUUAAAAAUUAGAUCGGAGCCAUUAAGUUUACUUCCCAGAAGUUUUAGUAUUAUAACGACUUAAGGAGAUUACGAGGAUGUUCAUUUUACAUGAGAUUUCAAUUGAUUUGGGCAUUUUAUGGUUUUAGAGCUUUAUCCAGCCAUUAAAAGCUCCUGGGCUAAAUUGACCCUAGAUGACAGAUUCAACACUGAUGAAUUUUACAGUGUUCAUGUCCUCAUUCUCUGUUAAGUAUACAUUUUGGAAUAUGUAUAAUUCCAUGUUUGGUCCACCAGUGUUCCAAAGAUUAUUUUACAAGUUUCAACAAAUGCCUGCUGCUAAAUAUGAUAAAAUGUUACCUGUGCAUGUUAUAUUUUCAAGUGCAAUAUAUUUAACUGCUUGUACAGGUAAUAUAUUAUCAACCAAGGCAGAAAAUAAGCCAUGUUUAUCUUUGUAUCGUAUAGUUAAUUAAAGAAAAUAAAGUUGUUUAUAAUACUUGUGUUACAAGUCAAUCAGAACAAUUCGUUUCAAUCAGAGUUAUCCCAGAUGAUUUGAAAAUCCUGGAAAAAAUCUCUAAUGUGGUCAGCGAACUUUAUCUCCAACAUACUUUUACUAAAAGUUGCAUGGAAUUGUGUUCUUAAGAACAUUAUUGGACAUUAAUAAUUAAAUGUCCUAUGACAUUGAAGUGGAAGUGAAAGUGAAUGCAGGGCUCUUCACAUAUAUCUAUAUGCAUUUAUUUACAUGUAUAUAUGCAUCCGUGGAGAAAGCAUAAUCUUUAGAGACUGUGAUACUCUUUGGAAUCAUAUUCCUCUUGUUAAUCUAGCCAUAGCCUCUGUUUUUCCUGCAAGUCUGAAAACCUUUAGAAGGCUUUUUUGAUUUCCUUUAUUGUUAAAUAACACAAGUAUAUUAAACAGGAUUUUGAAGUUUUGCAUUUGACCCAGAAAAAGAGAUACGGUUAAAAAAAAAGUCAUUGUUUUAAGCACAUGAUGCUUUCUGCUUUGGGUCUUCUAUUUAAAGUUAAGGGUGAUUCAUGAAAAUAGUUACCAUUUUAUUUUCUGCCAAGGAGUGAGAAUGAUUUGGAGGCAGUGUAUAAAGAAUAACACUGCUGUGGUGUUUAGUACCAAAAAUUACAUUUUCAGUUUACGUUAUAAUCAUUUUCAAUUCAAAGCCAAUUAUGAAGACAUUAAGCAUAAAUGGGAAAUCUUUAAUUUUAAAUAUGAAAUGCAUUUUCAAUGAGUUCUCCUUAAAUGAUCCACAGUAAAUGCAUCAGUCCCCUAUGUAAUGUUUUCAGUGUCGACCUUGAAAAAGUGAGGAAUAUUUCAGGCUGCCGGUGCUGAUAGAAGGGAUCAAAUGUGCUCCUAGGAGACUACGUAUACAAAUCCACACGGGAUGUUAAAUCGUCUUUUGGUGUGAAUGUUACCAUUUGCCAGUCUUUGCUUUUUCCUUCUCCCAAAAUGAGCACCCAGAACCUUCCCCAAAUGCUCUUAUGGAAAGCAGACUCUGUGUCAUAGUACGGUCUACCAGUUCUGCUGAGAUCCCACUGUUUCCCUUAGACCUAUUCGUGAUGCACCAGAAAUGUGAUAAGACAUUUACCCAUAGAUAUUGAAAAGGACAUCAGUUAUCCGGUGUGUCUCUGUGCAAAUCACUAGACUCCCUAUUAAAUGAGGAGAUCUGGGGACACUUUUUAAUGGAGCGACUGAUGCUUCUCAGAUGGAUGCUUUUCAGAGGCUCUGCUUCGAUUGGAUUUGAGUUUUCCAACUCUCUCUGACUGUCAACACAAACCUCAUGGCCAGAAUGUCUGUGGGUGAAAUUGGGCCCUGGGCCUUGGGAGCAAGAAGCAGAACACCCGUUUCACCUGCGGUCCGUUUUAGUUCAUGGGAAAUCGCAAUAAAUCGUGAAUACUUAAAGUUCCCGAAAGGAAGGUCACCUUUCGGAGAUAAGAGCAGUGCAGAGGGGUUCUAGAGUACUUUGAAAACUGACGGAGCGGCCCAGCGGUUUAUAGCCCACAGGGCCGGAGAUCCGAAGAUCUGAUCUAGAGAGUCGAUCUUAAUCGGCCCCUAACUCGUUGCAUAACCUUGGACUUUAACCCGUUUGUGCCUCAAUCUUCUCAUCCGCAAAGUGGGGGUCCUGAUAUCGACCCCCGACCUACCUCACAGGGAUAUUGUGAGGAGUAACGGCAUCAAGUCUAUAAAGCACUUUGAGCUACUAAGAGGGAUGAUUGUACGUUGAGAUCGUGUGCCAAAUUUUAGUCACGUUAAAAAGAGUAACUCCACGUCUCCUUGACUGCGAACAUCCCCUCACUCUGCCAAGACAGUUUUCUAACUGCUCUUAGAGAGGCUUGCAUGGGAUGUAAAAGCUCAACGAGAUCAGGGGACUCAGGCCAAAAUGCACUUGCACUUACUGACACGGAAGCACUUAAGAACAAACAAACAAACAAACAAAAAAAAAACAAACCACUUAUUCAAAAGUAAAAACCUGAACCCAGUCAAAUUGGAAUUUGGAUGAGAGAAAACCUUAGGGUACCAUGUGUUUUUAAUGAUUACAAACAGCUUUUAAUGACUGACCGAUCUAAUUCCAGUUUUUAAUACUUUCUUCAUUUUACUGUCUGAGAAACUGUCCGUGGCCCUAAUCCUGAUAUUGAAGCUCCUUUUCAUGUAAGUAAUGGCUGAGGAAUGAAUCUCCUAGUAGAAUGACCUCCUGUCCCGGGGAAGAGCAUCCUUAUCAUGCUUUGAUAAACUUUAAGUAUCGAUGUGAACUUUUGAUGGGUUACCUGAACCUACGAUCUCUGCAGAGGAAAAAUUAGUUACAUCUUCUGAGAUAUUUUUAAAAUAUUUUGUAUAUAUAUAUAUGAAAGUGAAUCCAACACAGAGGUUUACCUCCCUACUUUCUUAUUCUUCGUGAGAAUCUAGUCAUCCUUGGUGCUGAAUCUGAAACGGAAAGAUGUGCGAGCCCUGUCUUUCUUCCACGUAAUGAACAAAAGGAGCCACGUGAAUAGGAACGGUUAAUGCCGGGUUUCUUGUGGUAGAAACGUACCCCUUUCAAAUAGCCGAUAGUCACCCCAGAGAGCAUUUUGGUUUGCAUUUCUUGAAACACCCCAGGGAGGACAUAAGCUUCGCUUGUAAUUUCCUAUGGAAUCCAUCUACUCGUUCUUUAAUUUGCUCCAUUGAAGUUUAACAAUAUGCUCAUAUCACUUGAAAAGGGCUCAGCAUGUAUAAUUUUUUCACUCCACUUUAUAUACUGGUUUGCCAAAUUCAUUCAAUUCCCCCUAUGAGUAGUUGCAGAGUUGCAACCUGUACCGCUUUUGAGCUCUCCGUUGCUGAAAGCAAGCCCCUUGCCUCUGCGCGAGUUCCUCUUGUGUAGAGAUAAAGCGCCAAGUCCAUUUCCUAUAGUACAUGCCAAAAUCUUCAAGUGUGGCCUAAAGAACUCAAUUAAAUGCCUCCUAUAAAAUUUCAAGGAAUGUUAGAACCAGGAAACUAGCUGUUAGUUCAAGUUUAAAAGUAUAUAAAUAUAUAAAUAAAUAUAUAUACAUAAGAAAUCAUAUCAACAAUGAGGAUGAACUGAGUGCCAAAUAUUCAACAUCUGUACAAAGUUACACUUCACUAGAAUUGAACUAUUUUAUGUAAUUCUCUUUCUCAUGCUUUUAUGGUUCUUUUGAUAAAUCCUAUUGAGUAGCAUGCAGGAUACCUAAACUGAAUGUACAGUGCGCUAUUUCAUCGCUACGACGAUUCCUUGGCGAUAUCUCCCUUACCAGAAUGUUCGUAGUUACUUUGGAGACAUUUGAGAGUUGCUUUAUUUGAGUUGUUCUUUCUCACGAUACUUUAAAUCAACCUCCAGCUGAUUGUAAGAAAUCUGUGCUUCUCCAUUUUGCUCCAUGACUCUUUUUUGAAGCUGCUUCUUUUGACUGAUUUAUGUAUUGCUUAAGUUCAUCUCCUGUAAAUAAUUCUGCAAUUAAAUUUUUGGAGAAAAGUG